AUGCAAAAUCAUUAUAAUCUUGUCUAUCGUGAAGAAGAACGUGAAAUGAAUCCAUUGUGCAUUGAUCAAGGUGUUGGUCUUAUUCCAUGGUCACCACUUGCUCGUGGUUUUUUAAUAGGAAAUCGAACACAAACAGAUGCAUUUGGUCAUCAAUUGUAUUAUGCCGAUAGUGAUUUUGAAAUUGUUGAACGAUUAAAAACACUGGCAGAAAAAAAGCAAGUUAAACCAGCUCAACUAGCACUUGCAUGGAUAUUAUCAAAACCUGGUGUAUGUGCACCAAUUAUUGGUGCUUCAAAAAUGUAUCAACUUGAAGAAGCUGUUGCAGCAACUAGUAUUAAACUUUCUGAUGAAGAUAUUAAAAGUUUAGAAGAAUUAUAUCAACCUCAUCGUGUUGUUGGUCAUUGGUAG